AUGGCCGAAGGCACGCAGGCUCCGACGCUGGACGUCUUCAUUCUCACCUUCAACGCUGCGAAGCACGGCAUCAACGUCCCCGUCUACGCGAAUCACCUGUACCAUGCUUUCGGACAGAAUGCCACGAGCCUCCCAGAGCUGGUCGUCUUCUGCAUCCAGGAGAUGGCGCCGCUCGCCGAAGCCUUCAUCGGCUCCUACAUGCUCAGCCCAUACUUCCAAAACUUCGAAUCCGCCGUCAACCUCGCAGCUGCCAAGUACGUAGCCGAAGAAGAGCGUCAGCGCCGACCGAAAGACCGCCCGUACACGCUCAUGCGCACACGCAAUGUCGGCAUGACAGGCAUCAUGCUCUUCGCCCGCGAUCCGGCCGCUGUGCAUAAUAUCCAGGCAGCUGAAGUUGGCUUUGGAGCCGGUGAUAUGGCCAACAAGGGAGCCGUCGGCCUUCGAUUGCUCUACACCAAAGAAGACGCAGGCGGUGAUAUGCGGGAGACGGAGCUUACCUUCGUGGGCACCCACCUGUCGGCCAUGGAAUGGAAUCUUGAGAAGCGGAACAAGAACUGGGAAAGCAUUGUUUCUGGCCUCGUCUUCCAGGACCCAAGGGAGUUGACCAACGGCACAUCUCCACAUAUACAAGGAAAUGGCGAGGAAGCACAGGCACUCCUUGAGCAGGACUCGACCGAGAAGGCGUUGCACAACAUAUCCAUCUAUAAGCCCGGUACGAACCUUUUCGUCGCCGGUGACCUCAACUAUCGAAUAUCCAAGACAUCGCCUGACUCCGAUUCCGUCUUUCCCGAUCACGACCCCGAGAGCCCGAAUCACUACCGCCACUUCCUGCAACGUGACCAGUUGACGGCCGAGAAGGCAGCGGGACGUACACUGCACGGGCUAAGCGAGGCAGAGGUCAAGUUCGCGCCAACCUAUAAACUCGUCGUGUCGCCCAAGGACCAGCCAGAGACAGAGUUGGGCCGUAUCGCUGAGGAGGUGGAGGAGGAGGUGGAUACUGUGUCGCAUACGUUUGCGACUCACCGGUGGCCUGGUUGGUGUGACCGCGUGUUGUAUCUUGAUAUUCCCUGGUGGACACAAAGCCCCGCCGGGGAGCGAAACAGGAUGAGAGUCACGGCCUACGACUCGACGCCUGCCGUUAGGACCAGCGAUCACAAGGCUGUCUUCUUACGCAUUGACGUCCCGGUGCUCGAGCCAUCCAAGCUGGCGCCGGGAGACUCAGCAAGCGAGGCAGAACUAGACUCCAACGGCGGCGUGGACGUCGACCCUCGUGUCAAACUACCUUACCCCAUCGAUCUGGCCUCAUGGGGUCAUCGAGCGCAGGUCAAGAGAUGGGAGUCGGUGAUCGGCUGGUCGAUGCUCGUCUCGCAGUCGAAGCAGGGCAUCGCCGUCCUCGUUACGGUGUUCCUUGUCGGCAUCGGAACAUGGUGGCACAGGGCGCAGUAG